AACAAGUUCGGGGGUGGCUUACUCGGUACACCCCGUGGACUUCAGAGCCCGCCUUCGCACUACCUCUCUCGACUGUCGUUUUCACCUCAUCUCCUGUUCUAAAAUUUCCACCUUUGUCUCAUCUCAGUCAAAGCCACUGUCUUGUUUUGCUCUUCUCCCAUCUACUGCUGCUAGUGAUUACUCCUCUAGGUCGCUCGGCCCGUCUUUCUGGCAAGAUCUUGUGAGCAGAAGCGUAGCACUUUUGACCACCGUUUCCCCUUUUUGUUGCACGAUAAAGAUGGCAGAACCCGACGAUGUCGAGGAGGAUCUCUUCGCGGACCUCUACGAUGCGGAUGAGAACCAUGCCUCCACUAAGAGCGCCCUCCCUGCUUCUGCACAACCUGCCUCUGGCGACACAGUAAUGAAAACUAGCGAAACACCAGGCUAUGGCGAAGAGCCAGAGAUAGCCUACGACCCUACUUCCUUCGACACGGAACCCCAGGAUCAGGAUGAACCUAUCAAUGGCACUCAUAGUCCGAAGCAAGUCCAAGAAACAUCCGAGAAGCCGUCUCAGCCCGAGGUAUUCAAUGUCAAUAUGAAAGAGGAUGGAAAAAUGUUCAUUGGGGGACUUAAUUGGGAAACAACAGAUCAAUCACUUCACGACUACUUUUCUCAAUUCGGCGAAGUCCAAGAAUGCACCGUCAUGCGAGACAGCGCCACCGGCCGCUCACGAGGCUUUGGAUUUUUGACGUUCAAGGACCCCAAGACAGUCAACACCGUGAUGGUCAAGGAGCAUUUCUUGGAUGGCAAAAUUAUCGAUCCCAAGCGAGCGAUUCCCCGAGACGAGCAGGAAAAGACAGCCAAGAUAUUUGUGGGUGGUGUCAGUCAAGAUGCCACCGAAGAAGAUUUUGAAAGCUUUUUUGCCCAGUUUGGGCGGGUCAUCGAUGCCACACUCAUGAUGGACAAGGAUACCGGCCGACCACGAGGCUUCGGCUUCGUGACCUUUGACAGUGACGCAGCCGUAGAAAAAUGCCUACAAUACCAUCCCCUUGAGAUCCUGGGCAAGCCCAUCGAGGUCAAGCGCGCACAGCCCCGUGGCAAGAUGGGCGAGGAUGACGAUUACGGUCGCGGUCGGGGGAGAGGCAAGUUCGGACGUGACGACCGCUUCAACAAUGACAACAACCAAGCUCCGCAAAACCCGCAAGCUCAAGCUCCCAAUAUGAUGGGCGGCACCACAGGAAUGAGCCCGCAGAUGAUGGCACAGUAUUGGCAAAGAAUGCAGCAAUACUUUGCCAUGAUGCAGCAACAGAUGGCAGCCAACAUGAUGGGCAAUAUGGGAGCGAUGGGAAAUAUGGGCAUGAAUCCGCAGAUGAUGGCACAGAUGCAAAUGCAGCAACAAAUGCAAAAGAUGCAAGGAGCGAACAGCCCCAAUGCCCAGAAUGCUAGCGGCAUGGGUAACAUGCAAGGCAUGACUCCUCAAAUGAUGCAGCAAAUGAUGCAGAUGCAACAGGGCGGGAUGAACAUGGGGUCAAAUCGCCCGCCCAUGGGCCCGGGCAACAUGGGCGGCUCGCGUGCAGGCUUUUCGGCCCAAGAGCAAUUAGCAUUUGAACAGCAGAAAUAUGAGCAACAGCAACAGGUACGUCGCCAGGGCGGUUUUCCGCAGGGUCCUCGAGGCGGGGGCGGCUUUCAGAACCAAGGCCACAGUCAUGGAGGCGCACCACAGUCGUGGGAAGGCAUGUACGACGAUGUUCCCCAGCCAGAAGGAAAUGCUGGUGGCAGAGGCUCAGCAGGGCCAGUCCGCCAACACACCCCGAAACCGCCCAAAGGUCCCGGUGGCCCAUCUCAGCCGAGCGCUGCUCCGGCCAAUGCGCCCACUGGUCCCAAGAAUGCCGGCAAACCAGGAGCAAAUUUCAGGGGAGGCAGGGGCCGAUACCAUCCAUAUGGGAGGUGAAGAAUUUCCCAACUGCCAUAAGCCUGAUUGGGAAGGGGACGGGUGUCGAUGGGGUUAGGAGUACUACUUUGCAUUUUCAACAGAGUCCCAACAGCCAACGGGGCCAGCUGCGAUCAGAUAUUGUGCUACAACACCACAGUGGAAAUAUGACCAAAGACAUUGACGAGAUGAGAGCAGUCCGGUGGUGGUGGAUGUUAUGUGCUCUCACUCUGCAAGGGACGAAUCGAUGCGUUCGUGUGUCUAUGGACACUCACGGGCGUUCCGGGGGAAGCUGGCGGGAUGUGUGGCAUUCCAGAAGCAUUGUGCGCAGAGAUGGUCAUAGGACACAAUACGAGAGACAGUGCAACGAGAAGUCAAUGCGUGGUCAUUCCACCUGCGUAGCCAUCGCACUCCACAGGGCUUCUGCUUAACGAACCCUACUCGUACUUGUACAAUUACUGCAUUACUGCAAAGUUCUCCAUUUCUAUGAGCUAGACGAGGC